UAAUACUCUUGAGGUAAAUGUAACGUGGCAGACGUGCGUUGAAAUUAUCGUUCUGUAUGCGCAAAUUUGUCGAAAUUAUACAUGGGGCAACUUUUAAUCAGUGUUUGAUUUUCGGUUUUGUACAGUAGUACUAGUACAGGUGGUUAUUUGUUGUGAAGUGCAGAUAUUUUGGAUUCAGUUUUAGUGCAUGGUUUAUUAAUUUAGCAGCCGUUUUCACAAUAGGGUUACCUUGGAGUUUCCAAUGAAUUUGAAUACAAUGACUUUAAACGAAACUCCACCCGCCGAAUCCAAUAAGUUCAAUUUCAGAAGACGCGAUGACUCUUCCGAUCCGACCGUUAUGCGACGAUAGAGCGUCGCUGCCACUUCGUGGCGCCAGUGCCGCGGGCAAGCGAAGGCCGGCCUGUUUGAGCGCCGCGUGGGCCGAUCCGCCUGUUAGCCGAAAAGAAAAACGUCGCGCCAUCUACUCCUGGUCGGUGGGGUACGGUACGCUAAACGAGGCGGACGAAACGUCUUUGGACAGUCACGAUACAAGUUACAAGGAAGGAAAAGUGGCUGACCACACCAGCCUGCUAGAGUCGCGGGGUCACCGUCUAGUGACCACCUCGAUCGCAGUGCCCCAUGCGGCUCAGCCGGUUAUCCCGUCCACAGCCGCCUCCAACAACACCAACCGCCGCCCGUCUCGUUCGAGGGGCGAGCAAAUCUUCGCCAUGCCGGGUAUCAAAUCGUUCCUCAGCAGGCGGCGGAACAGCGGCCUCGAAGGGCCGCAAUCGCCGUUGGUGGCCCGCAAGGAGAACGGAGCUAGCGCCGCACCUGUCGUCCGGCCCGCCUCCAGUCUGGCCAGUUUGAGGAAGUGCGAAACUGUAUUGGCUCUUACGGGUUAUUUGAGAUCCGCUUCAUCGUCUAGUAGUAUAGAGCCUCUCCAAGCUGUCAACAGAUUGCGAGUGUCACCGCCGACGUCCCAUCUGCGCAUGUGCUCUCGUUGCUCCAGUCUCCUGACGUUAGCAUCGAGUUCGCGAUAUUCCUUAAACUCGACGACCGGCGGCUUCGUACCCGUGCCACCCGGCGAACCCCCUUUGCUAUGCAAGCUCUGUCUAUCGGAGGUGCCUUCACAGAAUAUUUUGCAUAUACAGCAUUGUGAUUGUGCCUUUUGUUUAGAGUGUAUGAAGAUUUACGUGGAAUUUGAGAUAGGCCAAGGAGCAUACGAUAUUUCAUGCCCCGAUGCACAGUGUCCGUCUCAGGGAGUUUUACAAGAAGAAGAGAUAAAAAGACUGGCUGGAAGUGAUUUACUAGAAAAACAUAAGAAGUAUCGACUUAAUAGAGAAGUAGAAUUAGAUAAGUCCCGAACGUGGUGUCCGCGCGCGGGCUGCGAAACCGUUUGCUCGCUGUGUCCCCAACACAAGUGUUCUCCACAGGGCGUCUACUGCCCGACGUGCACAUCCGAAUUUUGCAGUAACUGCAAGCAGGAGUGGCACGACGGCGUAUCCUGCGACGAUUUUGCCAAGCAACAGACGCGCGACGGCAAAGUAGAAGAGCCCGGCAUACCCUUCGAUUCGGAUCUCAUCAAGUGCUGCCCAAUGUGUAACGUUCCUAUUGAGAAAGACGAAGGCUGUGCGCAGAUGAUGUGCAAACGGUGCAAACACGUGUUCUGCUGGUAUUGCCUCGCUAGUCUUGAUGAUGACUUUUUACUUCGACAUUACGACAAGGGACCUUGCAAAAACAAACUCGGACACUCCAGGGCGUCCGUCAUCUGGCACCGGACCCAAGUUAUUGGUAUAUUCGCCGGAUUCGGAAUCCUUCUCCUGGUUGCAUCGCCUCUCCUACUUCUGGCAGCGCCCUGUAUAGUGUGCUGCAAGUGUCGCGUCUGCAAUACGGGGACCAUCAAACUCGACAACGAAGAGGAAGAAGCGGCCGUCGAAUCCCAUGAGGAAGUGACCCCUCCAGGAGGUUUAUGAUGUGCGUGAUUUUGCCGAAACAUGUGCGGUGAGAUAUAGAGUAGUAGAGAGAUUUUUUUAUAUAAAAGAUUUCAUGUUAACAUUAUCAGGGUUACAGGACUAAACAUUAAGGUAUAAGUUCCUGUAGAUUUUUAUUUAACAGUAAUCGGUCCUUCAAGACUUUUUGGUGAUAUAGUUUCCAAACUUUAUUUAAAUGAGGGCUGACAGAUUGGAACGCACUUAAUAUUAAAUUGACGUCUGUGAUCUUAUGGCGAAUUGCGUCAAGGAUCUUUAAAACUGUAAAUGCGGCUUUGCAGACAGGUCUAUAUCACCCUCUAAUAAGUCAGCUACAUAUCACCGGUGGCAUUAUAAUACCUUGUAAGCCUCACUAUUGCUAAAAUUAGAUUUUUCAUCAAAUUGUUGCAAUUAUCUAGACACAUCGUUACAGAAAAUUUCGUAUUCCACAAAAAUGUUAAAAAAUUAAAUAUAUUAAACUUUUAUAAUAUCUCGUAUACGAACUUUGUAUUCGCAGCGGUUUUUGGCUACUACUGUAAAAUGUGAUUUUCUUCUUCUUUUAGUUUUUUGGUCUCCACCCUUUAGGUAUUUAGCCAGCGCAGCUUAUUUACCUCAAAUUACAGGAAUAUUCAUUGAAAAACGCCUGGAAUUUUCCAUUUUCCCAUUGAAAAAAAAUCCAUAUUCAUUCUUUUCUAUUGAAAAUGUGAUUUUUUUUGUUCUUACUAGUUAUUAGAAUGACAUCACCGAUAUAUUUUAAAAUUUAAAAAAGUAUAUUACCAAAAAUUGGCAAAUUUGAUCAUACUCUAAGAGUUAGUCUAUAAUUUUGAAGGCCAACAUCUGAUAAUAAAAAUUUGCAGAACCUGUUGAGUAUUUUUUUCAUUCAUAAUAGACGUAUUCCAAUAUUUUUGGAACCGACUGUACUGAUUCUGUGGCGGUGCCGCUAUAUAUUUUUGGUUUUUCAUUCAAUUAGAAACAAAUUCUUGAAAAAACAAGAUUAGUGCUUUAAAAUCGUUUAUUGCAUUCCUUUCACAUUAAUUUAUUGAGAAAACACGUCUUCAAAGGUUAAAAUAAACUUCUAACACUAGUGCAACUUUAUUAAAAUGCAAUAACUUGAUUUUUCAGCUAAUAAUGAUUUCCAUUUGGUUUAUAGCUUUUGUAACCUUAUUUUUACUGUUGUGAAGUAAAAAGGCCUUUAUUUUAAAAAGUGUGGCCUAUCGCGUUUUUACAAUAAGCCCUUCAAUUUCAAUAUUAUCGCCUUCAUAUUAUACUUCCCUACACAAUAUCUACCCACAGUAAUUUUCCAUUUGCCAUAGUAGUUCUGUUUAUCAUUUGUUCAAAGCAUGUUCAUGGUGUCUGCCGAUUUUUCUUUGACCUUGGAUAACAAACAAGAUAUAUAUAAAUUGGAUCUAUGUAUUUAAAUUUCCCGGUUUCUUCUUUUUUAAGCAAACAUUUAAAAUGGUUGGCUGCAUUUAAGGAAAAACGCUCAGUCAAUUCUUAGCGAACACAAAAAUCUCUCUGUUUGGUAAUAAAAAAUCACAUGAGGCGAGAUCACGUGUUUAGGGCAGAUGUUCUAAUAUUGGAAUCUAAAUACUUGGUCGAGAACCUUUUGACAGACAAGUGCAGUGUGGGCUGCAGCAUUAACCUAUAAAAGAAACCAUGAUUUUGUUUUGUUAAAAUCGACCUAAAACUUUCUUUUUCGAUUACUAUGGAUUCAACAACAGCCCAAAUACUUAAUCAAUGAUUUUUUGGAUGAACUCACCGAUCUUUUCGAAAAGUCUGCAAUCACUUCUCGUCCCUUGUUGAUAACUAAAAACCUGAGUGUGAUAAACACUCUUCUCCACAUCCUUAUUUCAAUAAAGUAUACGUUUCUAAGGCGGCUUUUAUGAGUUUUGUAAGGAAUUUUACAUUGACGCGUUGCUGUUCUUGAACACAUAAACUAUUUCCGGAAAAACGAUCAGUUCCGUUUUUUCUAGCCACACCUCCUAUUAAAAAACACCCAUAAAAAAAUUCUAUAAAGUUUUUAAUUUGUUUCAAUUUUACAGUAAAAAGUUCAAAAUUUAGUUGUGACAGGUGAAAAAUGUGUUUUAAUUAUUUGAUUUUUUAAAAUAUAUUUUGGUCACAAAAAAUAAUUUGUUUAAAAAGAGAGUGAAACCAACAAAUUUGUAGUGACAUCGGCGCAGUAGUUGUUGGGAAAUGUAAACAUUGCGUUAAUUUUUAAAUGUACCAUUAUCAUAUUUGAUAACCGAAUUGGUUAUAUUUAAAAAUUAAAGCUAUUUUUAGAAAUUAUGCACAAAAAUUAAAAUAUAUUCAGAUUUAAGUCUCUAACUGAUAAUUUAAUAUUUAGUUGAUAUAAAAAUAUGAGAAAUAGAUUUAAAGAGCUUUUUUAAAAAAAAUGUGAUUGACUAGAUAUUUUUAAAAUGCUACUCUAUAUCUCGAUAAUGCACAAGAACUUGUUGAUUAGUAUUUUCUUUUUGUACCGUUGUGACUCGACUCGGGUGGUUAUUUUUAUGGAUUGAUUUAUUGGUUAGUCGCAGAGAAACUUAGAAAAAAUGACAUACAUUUCAAUAAAUACACCAAUUUAAACUUUAGUCGUAGAUAAAAAAUAUAUUAUUAAUAUUCUGAUAAACACUAGCAGUUUUGUAAUAAUUACUUAAAAUUUAUCAUUUUAAAUUUAAACGAUGGGAUAGAAAAAAUAAAAUACUUAUUAUUACCUGUAUUUGUGAAAACAAACUGUGAUAACAUUACGUAAAACUGUAUUGUAUAGUCAUUUUGUUAAAGAAACUGAAAUUUCACCAUGUGAAAUGCAUCGUUACAUGUUUUUGUGAUUUAUAUUUGGAUGGUAAAAUAAAUUGUUAUUGUACAUGUUUUUGUUUUGUUUUCAGCAUACAAAUUGAUUCUAAUAGUUAAGGAAACAAGUUAUUUGCCAAGAAGCCGUUAAUUACUCUUUUGAAGUUUGCUUAUACUCUUUUAACAAAAACAAUUGUAUUUUUAUGUUGACAGUGUUACGCUAUUGAUUUUUGACAAUAGGGUAUUUUUUUUAGAUUAAAUUAAAAUUUUGCAAAUACUGUCAUAAAUAAAAAAUCUAUUAUCAAAUAAUUCAAAGAAUUACACAAAUUGCAGCAAUAUUCUGUAAAUGUAAUAGUGUGGGAAAAUCGGCAUUUGACAUUUUUUUUUGGACUUUAGUAGGGUGCUUUUAAUGUAGGUGCUGAUAUGGAAACCUCAAAAGUCUACCUCAGUUUCGUAAAAUGUUUCAUAAGAACUACAUUUAUGAAUUAUUUUUCUUCUUUCUUCUCUUCUGUGUAGACUGUUCUCCUUUGUACUGGCUACUGUGCUGGUUUCUGUACUCCUUCUGCCCUUUGCUGUCUGAUCGUGUCAACUGUCUCCCCUUUCUGAUUUACCCUGCUCCCUCUGGAUUUCUGCAUGUCUAUUUAUUUGUAUCUUGGUGGUAAAUAAAAUGUUCGUACCUUUUUAUUUCUGUAUUUUAUCUUCCAAAUAACAUCACAAACAAUACCAAUCUAACAUAACUUCAAUCCAAACUUAAAAUCUUAUAAACAACAUUUUCCUUAUAAUCCCAUCUGACAGUUCAAAAAUCAAUAAGUUCAUGUUCCAAUAACAACUCUAAAUUGAUUUUUUUCUCAUUUAAUACUUCAAUUCUUGCACCACCCCAAUAUUCCUGAAGAUAAAAUUUUAACAACCAAAAAUAUUUCUGACGUAAUCAAUUUACGCCCCAGAAAUUUCCAAAUCCGUGCGUUAUUUUAAGUAUGUUCAUUGUCAUGGAUUUUGCACUUUCUUCUUUACCAGGACUGAUUGUUUUAACCUAUAUUAGUGGUGAUUUAUAUAUUAGUGGUGAUUUACCUCUCCCUAAUCAUUUGUUAUUUCAUAUCCACUACUGCACAGAUCUUUUCCAUCAGGCGUGGUCAAGUCUUGUCCAUUCAUCCUUGUUCUGAACUUUCCUUGGUCUGUCCAGUCUUACUUCUUUCCUCAAACUGUAACUCUACCACUUUUUUACUGACAUGUUCUCUUCUUUUCUGAAUUUGGGUAUAACCACCUAAGCCUAUAAGCAUCCCUCACCUGCGGGCGCAACUCCUAUAAACUGCCCCUAAUACACAAAAACUAACUUUGAAGUAUUAUUCUGAAGAAUACUAGUUUUUAUUUAUUUAACAUUAUAUUUCUAAGACAAUAAUGAGCACGCUACACCCUAAGUAUACAUUUUUAUCAAAACCCCUGAUGUUUCAACCAGAGGUAAGAUCAUUAUAAUUUAAUGGAUAGCAAUUGCGAGCGAUGAUGUGCUACUAAGCCGCAAUUGCCAGGCAUUAGCUGGAAUAUUUCUCCACUAAUCACCGAUCCAAAUAUUAGAAAAAUUAUAAGUUCUUGUUACACCUCCAGUAGUUUGGCUCUUUGGCAAACAAUUUGAAAAUAUUUCAACCCAGUAAAUCCAAAAAUUAACGACACAUCUUUAUUUAAAGUGCAUUUAAGUUUCUCGCCGUCAAACCUUCUUUGGUCUAGUCUUGAUUAAAUGCAAAAAACUUUCUACAUUAUAAAUAUAUGAUAACAAAAUAGGCCUGCGUUACGUUACAUCACUAAUAAGGAGUUUUUUUUUUUGUUAAUUAUUUUGUGAGUUUUAACAUGGACGGAAAUCUGUGAUAGAACUGUGAUUUAUAAUAACCGUCUGUGGCUUAAACUCGUUUAUUGUGCAUAUUUAUUUAUAAAAUUAUCUAAUAAUUAUUUUUGUUAAGUAUAUGGACAGCUGAAAAUUUAUUUAAUCAUUUAAUUCAGUUUUUGGUCGGCGCUUAUUGCAAAACUUGAAAGUAUAUAUAUUGUUUUAAUUACCCGUCACCUAAUCUUCUUAAAUCUCAGAUAACUAGGCAUGUAACUCAUUUUAAUUAACAACCUCUAAAUUUCUGAAAAUAAGUUUUUUUUUAAUGUUUUGUGUAUUAAAAACAAUCAUUAUACAUGGCACUGAUAUUUUUUCACCCUUUCUAGGAUUUCCUAACGUUACACCAAAACAGUGACAUCUCGGAAUGUUCUGUCCUAAUCAAAUCAUAAUUUUAUUGAGUUACAUGCGUUAAAAGGUUUAUUUCUAGAAUAAUGGGAUAGUUAAUUUUGUAGUGAUUAUGUAACUUUUAGCUCGGCAUGUAAAGCAACAUUGCAAGAAGUGCCUUUUAGAUAUCGGGUGCUUUACAAAAACCGUGAAUUGUUUUCUGAAUAACUGCUGUCCAAAUACUAGCCCAAACAAUGAAGCGUUUAGGUCAAGGGUUGGUUACCUGUAAAAUAUUAGAAUAAAGCUACAAAUUUGUAUGUUGGUCCAAUUCGAUUUCAAUCGCUCCCGGGCUAUCUAGUUUGAAUUUCUUUAGCGGUGUUUUAAAAAAAAUCGAUUUUUUUUUAUAACGCUGCGUAAGCAGUUAGGCUGAAAUAAAAUAUUCUUAUUCCGUCUUUAUCUUGAGGAUAUUUGUGACAAAAAAACCCGCGAGAGUACUACCCUAGUAUUUCUGAUUUAUUGUCGGAAAUUAUUUUUUUUUCUAAUGAUCAAAGGUCAUGAACGAUUACUAGCAGGAAGGCAUAUUAUAAUUAAUAAUAAAUAUUUCUUUCACAACAGUUGCCAAGCAAUCGAAGCAUUAAGUGAGUGACCUCAUAGAGAUUUUUGGUUAAGAAUAUUGCUGAUGCCAUUUUUAGUCCAAAGACUCCAAUUGAUUGUCCAGGAAGCAUUUUUUCUAAUCGGUUUUCGAGAAAAAUUAUAAAUGUAACAAAAUAGGGGAAACUUUGAUUAAAUUACAAAUAACGGCUGACUUCGAGCGCUCGCCAUUCACUAUUAUAAAGUGUAUUUAUUAUGGUAUAAUUCAAAACGACCAUCCGUUCGACCCAUAGCGCUCUCGAAAUAUAAGCAGUGCAAAACAUGGGGGCGUGGCCUUUAACGACAAUACACACUUCUCUUCAGGAGGCUCUAGAAGGUAAACUAUAAAUACCAAGGUAAUACUCUCACGGGUUUUUUUUUUUCGUCACAAAUAUCCUCUAGAUCAGCGGUCUCCAAACUACGGCCCGACUAGUCUAGAAAUAAUAGAUAACUGCAGGAACAUUAAAACGGUGGAACUUACUAAAGUAAUCAGUAUGAGCUUAAGGCUGGAAAGUUUGGAGAGCCCUGCUUUAUAUGAAGACUAGACAAUAAUUUUUAUUUCAGACUACCCGUAUGCACAGUGUUCUCAAAAAAAUCGAUUUUUUUAAAACACCCCUAAAAAAUGCAAUCCGGAUAGAUAUCCCGGGAACAAUUGAAAGGGGAUCAUUAGGACCUUGAAUCAACAUACCAAUUUUUAGCUUUGUUCUAAUUUUUUACAAGUAAAUCUACUCUUAUUUCCUGGCCUAUAAUAAUAAGUCGGCCUAAAAUGUUUAGUAUUUAUUUUAAUUUUUUUUUGUGGUAUCUGAGCUUACAGUAGUAUGACUAUAUUUUACUAGAAAAAAAUGUAAACAUAGAUUUAUAAAUCGCAAAGAGAUAAAUCUGGAGAAUACAAAGUACAAAAUAGCAUUUUCGUUUAUUUUUACAUUCUGAAUUGUUUUUAAUUUCAUAUUUGUUGUUUCUGUGAUGUGAAUUUUAUAUAUAUAUUUUUUUGUACAUUGUAGUGAUGUAAAUUUACAUUGUCCCAAAAAAAAUAAUGUUUACCAUACAAGAUUACGCUACUGUUCUGAAUCCGCUUUUUUUAUAAAUAAACAUUGCAAUAAUUUUCGACUGACUAUUAAAUAUUUAAUCACGAUUGCACACGCAUAUCUGAUAACAUUUUUGGGACAAUUGGUUACUUUCCGAAGCAAUAUCUUGCAAACGAUUAAAACUUCCGCUAAUAUACAAAAAAAGAUGCUAAACAUAGUGUAAACUUGAAUAAAUUUAAAUAAGUCCACAUUUUUCCAAGAGAAUGACGUCAAUUCAUACUAAUACAUUUUUUGUAAAUUGUUUUAAAAAUCUAACCUGUUAUAGACAAUAUUAUAGCAGAUAAAAUAUUUUCACAUAAAAAAAUGCUUUAAGCUUGGAAUGUUUGGAUAUUUUAUAUAUAGUUGGAAUUGAAAAAAAUGUCCUAUUUACUUUUAAAUGAAAGUUUUGUCAGGAACUUUUGGAUUUAUCAACAGGAACAAUGUUACAUUUGUUACAGGGUGAUUUUUAUCGUGUUUUGGCAGGCUUUUCCUUCGCCCUCUUUUUUGUAAUAAUUUCACCACUUCAAAAUACUAAAAGAAAAAUAUACAUUUUUUUUAUUUUCAUAGUAUAAUUCGUAAACGGAUUAAGGAUUUGUUAUCCCUUUAAUUUCACAACUUUUCGCCAUUUAAUCACACCUCUAUUUUUAAAGGGCUUCCAGUAUAGCGAUGUUAAAUCACGAUAAAAUGCCAUUUUUUUUUAAUAUACGUUUAGUUGUUCUAGACUGACUGAUACCGUUUUAUUUAAAUAGAUGAAAAUUUCAUUUAAAUUCACAGAUUGUUGACAAAACACUUUUCAGACUGUUGUUUUUAUACCAUGAAAUACAAGGUCAUGAAAUUUCAAAAUACUGUUAGUGUGUAAAAAGUCUUCAAAAAAAAUAUUACAAUUUAAAAACUGAAAUAGAAUUGUUUCUAUGCAGACAUGGUUUUAAUACGACAGGCUUAUUAUUUAUUUUAUUGCAUUGCUCCACUUCUAAAGCUUUGGAUUCCUUAAUUUGCUUUCAGUAUUGACAGUUUUUUCAGAUAAUUUUUUUUUGUCAAUAUAGCCAGAAGUGUCUUUGAAAACGUUUUACACUAAAAAAGAGCAAUUUAAAAUACGCAUUAAGGUUGAUAAAUUGAAAAACCUUGUAUUGUAAAUAUAUGAAAUGUUGAUGUUACUCCAUGGUUAACAGUUGUAAAAGGUUUUCCGAAUUUCGUAAAUCUUUGUAAUCAAUAUUACUACUUAUUGUUUAAUAUUAAAUGCAUAUGUAUAUAUUGUUAAAAAUUAUUGUUAGAUUAAAACUAGGUACUAUGUACUUAUUUAUGAUAUAUUAAAAGAAUAAAAUAUUGGUACUAAAC